AUGAACUCCGGCGCCACUGCCGCCGUAGCGCAGAACCGACGCACGCGCAGCCGUCCGCCGUCGGCCGCCUCCUCCCGCAAGUCAGAUGAUCCCUCCGCCGCUGUCGCCAACGGAAACGGGAAGGCCCCCUCCAAGCCCACCUCUCCCAACCACGUCGCAGGGGAGAGGACGGUCAAGAAGCUGCGGCUGUCGAAGGCGCUGACGAUCCCGGAGGGGACGACGGUGUCAGAGGCGUGCCGGCGGAUGGCGGCCAGGCGGGUCGACGCCGUGCUGCUCACCGACGUCAACGGCCUCCUCUCCGGCAUUGUCACCGACAAGGACAUAGCCACAAGGGUUAUUGCCGAGGGGCUGCGGGUUGAGCAAACAAUCAUAUCCAAGAUCAUGACACGCAGCCCUCAUUAUGUCACAGCUGACACACUUGCUAUCGAGGCACUACAGAAAAUGGUCCAAGGGAAAUUUAGACACCUUCCUGUGGUUGAUAAUGGUGAGGUUAUUGCCAUGCUGGACAUUGCAAAAUGCCUCUAUGAUGCAAUAUCAAGACUGGAGAAGGCAGCAGAACAAGGAAGUGCACUUGCAGCUGCUGUAGAAGGGGUUGAGCGCCAAUUCGGUAGCAACUUCUCAGCUCCUUCCACUUUAAUAGAAACUAUAAGAGAACGGAUGUUUAAACCUUCUUUGUCAACCAUUAUCACGGAAAGCACAAAAGUAGCGAUUGUUUCUCCUUCAGAUCCUGUUUAUGUAGCCGCCCAAAAAAUGCGUGAACUACGUGUUAAUUCAGUGGUUAUAACUACCGGAAAUUUGCUGCAAGGGAUCUUUACCUCAAAGGAUGUGCUUAUGCGUGUUGUGGCACAAAAUCUUUCUCCCGAAUUAACUCUAGUAGAAAAGGUAAUGACUGCACACCCUGAUUGUGCUACAUUGGACACGUCAAUUCUGGACGCAUUACAUAUAAUGCAUGAUGGCAAAUUCUUGCAUAUUCCUGUUGUUGAUGGAGAUGGUAGAGUUGUUGCUUGUUUGGAUGUUCUGCAACUUACCCAGGCAGCCAUUUCUAUGGCUGAAGGAGGUUCUGGAGCUGCAAAUGAUGUAGCAAACACAAUGAUGCAGAAGUUCUGGGACUCUGCUCUUGCUUUGGAGCCUCCAGAUGAGGAAUUUGAUAGCCAGAGUGAAAUAUCCUUAGUGAUGCCGUCAGAGGUCGGAGAUGGCAGGAGUAGCAUUUAUCCUGCUGCUGUUGGCAAUUCUUUUGCCUUCAAGCUUCAGGACAAGAAGGGACGUAUGCAUAGAUUUACAUGCGGUUCUGAGAGUUUAGAUGAGCUUAUGUCUUCUAUAACACAAAGAUUAGGCACUGGUGGUGAAAAGGGCCCAAUUCAACUUUUGUAUGACGAUGAUGAAGGUGAUAGGGUGCUGCUUACUACAGAUUCUGAUCUUGCCGGUGCUGUUCUCAAUGCCAAAUCAUCCGGAUUGAAGUGGAGCUUGGACUUGCAGGUCCUGAGGUUGCACAUUGACAACUCGGAUUCCAGUUCUGAAGUUAAAAAGCAAUUGCCGGAGCUAGUGCCUCUCCAAAAAAGUCAGUUGAUGCCUGCUCAUUACGGGCUAAUGGCUGGCGCUAUUGCCCUGACAGGCGUCGUGCUCGUGGUUUACUUGAAGCGCUCAAAAGUGUCGCAAUGUGGGGGAGGCAACCAUUGUCAGAUUCUGGAGGAUGACCGCGAUGGCAAUUCUUCUAUUGUCAGUGCAAUGCAAUUGACGGAACCUGGCAUACCGGGAAAGCCUGUUGCUUCUCCAAGUGCCAAAGUCUUGGUUGUGUGUGCUUGA